AUGUACAAAAGCCUAAGAACAAACCUGCCUAAGGAAAUUAUGGGCUUCCCAGAUUUUCCGGUGCCGGAGAGUGACAAGUCAUAUCUACCCGCUAAGGACAUGCUCGCGUUCCUCCAGCUGUAUUCUGAUAAAAACGGCGUCACGCCGUACAUAAAAUUCAAACACCACGUCCAACUAGUGAAACCAAAGGAAGGUCCUGACGGUGAGCUGUGGGAUGUGAGCUUCAAGGAUCUGACCACUGGCGUUUCAGAGACUAGGGAAUACGACUACGUGUUUGUUUGUAAUGGACACUACAACACGCCGUUCAUACCCCGUAUACCAGGACUUAAGGAGUUUAAAGGCGACGUGAUGCACAGCCACGACUACCGCGUCCCCGAGAUCUUCACGGGCAAACGCGUCCUGGUGAUCGGAGCCGGGCCGUCGGGCAUGGACAUCGCACUGGAGGUGACCAGCGUGGCACAGAAGGUGGUGCUGAGUCAUCACCUCAGUGAACCACCACGCACGGUCUUCCCCGACAACCUGGUACAGAAGCCCGAUGUCGAGCGCCUCGAUGGCAACAUCGCAAACUUUAAGGACGGUUCAGAAGAAGAGGUUGACGUGGUCUUCCUUUGCACUGGGUACAUGUACAACUUCCCAUUCCUGCACAAGUCGUGCGGCAUAGUCGUGGAAGAGAACUGUGUGGAGCCGCUGUAUAAGCACCUGGUCAACAUUCACCAUCCAACCAUGUGUCUGGUUGGCGUUCCAUACUACGUGUGCGCGUUUUCCAUGUUCGAUCUUCAGGUGCGGUACUACGUGCGCGCGAUAAAGGGCGAGUUCUCGCUGCCGACGCGGCAGGACAUGCUGCGGCACUGGCGGCAAGAGCUGCGCGAGCGCGCGGCGCGCGGCUACUCGAGGCGCCAGGCGCACAUGAUGGGCCCCGACCAGGAGAGGUACUACGCAUCUCUGGCCUCUGAAGCGGGUACUAAAAACCUCCCGCCGGUGAUCACAAAAAUACGGGAAGAGAGCUCCAUCAGGUUCCUACACAAUUUGAAGCACUAUCGACAAGACGUGUACAAAAUAAUCGACGAUGACACCUACGAAGUUAUAAGUAAUGGGAAACGGGAAAUUCUUUGUUGA